UCAAACAUUGCAGAAAUUUAAUUUUAAAUUAUAAAGAAAAUGGUUAUCAUUUCAAAACAAAAACGAACUCAAUCAAAACGUUAAGAAAGGUUGGCCGAUUUCAAUCGAGUAAAUCGCUCUGUAUAUAUACCGAUAAUAUCUUAUCAUAAAUCAUAAUGUGAGCCAUGCGCUGUUGGCGUUCUUUAUUAGCAUAUAGCUAAUGGUUGUCUCCUUGGCAACAGACUUAAAUUGCCUGUUGCUGAGUAGUUUUGGGUCUUUUGGUAUUUCCUUUAAAUAUUUCUAUUGGGCGUCUAUUUUUUUCGAUUUUAAGUAUUUUAUAGUUACACCAGAGUUAGAGAACAAUAGAAUUGAGGAAGCAGUAACAUUAAACAAUAUGACUGAACCAAAUCAUAACACGCAACCCAAAGACAUCAGUCAUGCGUAUUCGUCAUUAUAUACAAUAUGUCAGAUUGUUGGAUUACUACUUGUAUUUUCUGUAUUUUAUUGGAUUCUCAAUUUCCGAGGAGGAUUUGGGUUUUCUGAUGCCAAAAUCAUAUUCAACUGGCACCCCCUGUUGAUGACAAUUGGUUUUAUUUAUUUAUUUGCAAAUUCUAUUCUUCAUUAUCGAACAUUCCGAAAUUAUAAUAAACGAGAUUUGAAAAAUCAUCAUGCAAUUAUUCAUGGUUGUGUAAUUGUUUUUGUACUACUGGCUGGUUGGGCUUCUUAUGCUUCACACAUUUAUAGUAAUCCUCCUAUUCCAAAUUUCUAUAGUUUACACAGCUGGUUGGGUAUUGUUACUAUUUUAAUGUUCCUCUCUCAGUUUGUAAGUGGAUUUGUAUCCUUCAUGUAUCCUGGAAUAGCUGCCCAAUAUAGGGAAGCUGUAAUGCCCUAUCACAUUUUCUUUGGAGUUUUCAAUUUUAUACUGGCAGUUGUUACUUCAAUCCUUGGAUUUGGUGAAAAAUUAAUUUUUACUUUGGAUAAAGAAUACAAACAUUUUCCUAAAGAAGGAAUGUUUGGCAAUUUUUUGGGCUUGCUGUGUGUUUUCUACUGUGCAUUAGUAGUGUAUCUGGUAACAAAACCAGAAUAUAAGAGAAAGCCUAAACCUGAAGACGGUGUCCUGUUAACUGGAGCUUUAGAAUAAUUAAUAUCCUAUAUAUUUAUUUAGUAACAAGUAAAAAUAUAAAUUUAUUUACAAAAAUAAUAAAGAAAGAUUUUUUUUUUCUGUGGCUUAUGUUCUGUUAUCAAAUUAACCUGAUUUUGCUGUUGUCUAAUCAUAUUUUAUACAUUUUGUGUUAAAUAACUUUUUUUCCAACAAUUUGUUUAAACAUACAGUUUUGAAUUUUUA